GAAGAUUAGAAGCAAAACGCAAGGAAAUUGCGUAUGUGACGUUGAAUCUAUUGUUUUUGUGAUGGGUCGCAUGUGAGGAUCACAUCAUUAUCGUAAAAGCAUCAUCGUUUACUUUACAGUCUGUCUGGUACUCACGCUCGGAAAGAAGGAAGUGAUACGGGAAAGAUUCAACGCAUGAAGCCAAAAGUUUGCCACAGAAAUGAAGACGAUUCUUACUACGAACACUGAAACUGAUUCUUUUUUAAACAGAAAAUCCAGGUUGAUUAUUUUUUUUGCUGAUUAAUCCAUAUUGAUUCAAGAACACGAAGAAAACCCCAGAAAUUUGACAGAAGAACAGUCCAAACUUCAAAGGAUUAGUUGAUUGCAUCUCAGAGUGGUAAAAGCUUGGAAAAAGAAGCAAAGGGAAAGAAAAAUGGGAUCUUUCAAGGGUCAUGUUCUGCCGGGAACAUUGUUUCUGUUGGUUGGAGUGUGGCACAUAUGGAGCUCUGUGGUUCGAUAUGUUGGGAACCCGAAAACGUUCAGAGUUCGGGUUUGGAAUCCCGUGCCGGGUUUUGACGGGAGGCUCAAGUAUUUGGAGCUUUAUCUUGUUGCAAUUGGUGCUUUUAUUGAUUUGUGUAUUGAGCUUUUGUAUUCGACCCACCUCAAAUUUGUUGCCGAUGGUGUCUCGAAUCCGUCCCACUUGAAUAAUUUGGAGCACUCAGGGAUGCUCCUAAUGUUCUUCAUCUUUGGUUUGGUUGCUCUGCUCUCUGAGAAAACAAGGUUUCUUCCCUUGCCAGAAGGAGCUCUUUGUUUGAUUGCUGCCACAGCAUUCUCUGUAGAGUAUCUCCUAUUCUACUUUCACUCGACAACCCAUAAAGGCCUUGAAGGGUACUACCACCUUCUUCUUGUUCUCUUGAUAGGGCUUUGCAUAAUGUCCACGGUUACUGGCGCCUUCUUACCGACCAGCUUUCCAGUUGAUUUGUGUAGUGGCAUUGCUAUAACACUCCAGGGUCUUUGGUUCUAUCAGACUGCCUUCACUCUCUAUGGUCCCAUGAUGCCACAUGGUUGUUGGCUUAAGGAAAGCCAGAUCUCUUGUCACUCAAAAGACAGCGAGGUCCGAGGUGAGUUGCUUGCAAACUUCCAGCUAUUUUCUUUGGUCCUCAGUGUACUUGUUGCUGUUGUGGGAUCAUAUGCUGUUGCAGCUUCACGAUACGGGCAUUCUGAGCUUCGGAGCUUGCACGCCAUUCAGGAUGGAUUAGAUCAAGAUUAGAGUAGGGUAUAUAUAUUUAUAUAAUCUUUCUUAAGUCCCAGUUAUGUAGGGUCUUCUCAAAGAGGCAUUUUGAUGUCUUCUGGAGAUGAAAUUGUUUUAUUCUAUUUGCAUGCAGUCUGAAUUUGUACACGUAAUAGAAUGAAUAUGCUGUUCAAGAAGCAUGAUGCAGUGGUCUGGUAUCAUAAUUGUCUAUUUGUCUUGGUUUUGGUUUGGACAGAAGAAUGUUAAAGUGGACAGCGAAUGUGAAAUGCACAAAGGGGUGCAAUAUGCUUAGAACAAUCGCUUCACCAUCUCAAUGAUAUAGAUUCUGGGAAUAUGUAAAUGGCAACAUUGUUUGAGACAA